CUUGUUCUUACAGCAAGUCAUGGAGUUCUACAAAUACAUCAGACACAUUGCUCUGCAGCUUCUUGGUCCCGAGUGUCUGAAGGGGAGAUUUAUGAACGAAAUCAAUAUAGCGACACACGAGCAUCUCAAAACACACUCCUCUCAGGACGUCUUAGAAGUGAAGGAUACUGCUGCAAGAGUAUAACGAACCCUGACUUGGUCAAGAAGCAACCAAGAUCCGACACAACUUCUCUGUUUUUAAUUUUAUUUUAUAAUAUGGUUGUUUCUUUCUGUUCGAUUGCAGUUGAUAUUGGGACAGUGAUCAUUAGUGACAUCAAUGAUGAGACUAAGAGAAAGCUUAUACUCAACUUGACAACUAUCAGUUUCGAGGUUAUCAAGAGGUCUCCUUUUAGCCCUUCUUCUUGGAAGUUGUUGCGACAAUUACCUAACCCUAGAUACUAAGCGGCGAGUGACGAGUCCAACAACACAAUAAAUAGAAUAUCUUUAUUAUCUCAUUACAACACUUAACUCUUUUUAUCUUUGACAAAAAAAAAAAAUGAAAGGAAUAACAAAGCUUUUCGUCUCCCGCUCUCUCAAAAGUCACAUGGCCAAGAAGAACAAGAAGCGUUCACAACCGGAGAACAAGCUUUCCAAACCUAAGAGCAAGCGUCUCAAACCGGAGGAAGAUCCAUCGACGGUGAAGAGGUGUCUGUUGGAAGAACCACCGACGAAGAAGAGGAGUCCUCCGUUGGAAAAUCCACUGACGACAGAAUCUUCAGGCGACGACGAGGAAAUGGCGACGGAGGAAGAAGGACAUGAGUCAGGCUCUUCGUCUGAGGAAGAAGGUAAGGAGGCAGGUUCUUCGUCUGAGGAAGAAGAGCAAAAAGAUCCUGGUAAGAAUUAUCCUCCUACCAAAAAGAAUUAUUUUCAAAGGAAGUGGAGUGAAGAUGAUGAGAUCGUCUUGCUGCAAGGCAUGAUCGAUUUCAAGAAUGAUAAAGGGAAGAGUCCUUAUGAUGAUAUGACUGCUUUUAUUGAUACGGUGAAGAACAUCAUUAGCUUUCAAGCGAAUCAGAGUCAAUUCACUACCAAGAUCCGUCGCUUAAAGGACAAGUAUCUCCGAAAGAGGAACAAGGGUGCAGAUGAGAAAUCUUUUGCAAAGGCUCACGACCUGAAAUGUUUUCAACUUUCCAAAUUGAUUUGGGAAUCUACUAAGGUGAAGGAGGAGUCUUUGAAACCCAAUGAAGAAAAGGUAUUAGAUUGGUUCGUAAAUUCUUCUCUUGUAGGAUCAAUUGCGAGCUUUGGGGUGGCUGAAGAUGUCGUGAAACAGAGAUGGAGCAUGGUAUCGAUGAAGAUGAAGAAGGAGCUCGAAGAGAAGUUCAAGUUGCUCAAAGAAAAAGAAUCUGAAUAUUUGUGGCUAAAGACAAGGUUUUUCCAUGAGGUUAACUCUUUGAUCGCUGAAGGAAAUUAGACAAGUAUCGAUUUAGAAGAGGUGUAGUGUUUUCAUUUCCAAUCCUUGUUAUGACUCUGGUUUUUUUCUAUUUGUUUUUUUUUUUUUUUUGGGUUUUUGAUUUUUGGAUUUUGUUGCUAAAAACACAAUGGAAGAACGGCAGAUUAAGUUUAAAUGCAUCCAACUCCUAAACCUAAAAAGCUAGGUUUCUCCAAAACUAAAUUACAAAAGAGGUUUAUAACUUUUUAGUUGGUAAACUAAGUGUGAAAUACUAUAGAAAUUUAGUUUACAACGUACUGUAAACUAAUAAUAAAAAAACGUCCAGUACUAAAUUAAUAAUCUAUAACUACAUAAAACACCAACUAUUGAACACAAUUAAGAACAUAAACAUGAAACAUUUUUAAAAGUUUCAAAACAAAAACCUGCAUUAUAACGAAGUAGAGGUAAAAUAUUUUACGAAAAUUAAAUAAAGAAUCUUAUAAGUCUUUCAAGUUUUAUUUUGUUUUAUUUCAAUGUUUAAAUUAUAAAAAUAACUAAUUUCUAAUUAUGAAUCAUGAGUUUAUCAGAAAUAACAUUGGUAUAUCUACUGUAAUUGUGAUUUGUUU